GGUGAUGCAGUGUCGAACAGCAACACGUAAACAAUGAGGUUUUGGUGUUGUGGUGCUAUGUAUUUGUAAUCAGUUGGGUUUUGUGUUAGUUAGAAGUUGGUGACGUAAAGUAAAUGUAAUCAGAUACAAUAUUACUGUUCAGAAUGAAUUCCGCAAGUAAGGUUGGUGAGAUUUUCACUGCAGCUGGUGCAGCCUUCAACAAACUGGGUGAACUCACAAUGCAGCUACAUCCUACAGCAGACUCCCCAGCAGGAAAGUGGACAGAUGAAGAAAUUGAAAUGCUUCGACAAGCAGUAAAACAUUUUGGAGAAGAUCUCAGCAAGAUAAGUGAACACAUCAAAGGCAGAACUGUUUCUCAGAUCAGAACAACACUGAAGAAGAAGGCCUUUGAAGAUGCAGGAAUUCCUGUUCGCACAAUUCAGACUGUUCAGACUACACAGGCAUCUCAACAGAGCAUGAUGAGUAAAUCUUCAGAGGUGACUCUUAAUAUGCUGAAUGCACCUGAAUCAGAAGUUGAUGUUGAAGGACUUCCUGAAGAUGUGAAGUUGGAAUUUGAAGGUGCAACAGAGGAAGUGACAUCCUAAUAUCUUAAUAUUGUGGUUUUAAUUGAGGUAAAAUAAUACUGUGCUUGACAAGGCUGAGUAAUCUGUGGUGUUUGUAAAAUGUGCGUGCAUAAUAUAAGUCUCUGUUCUAUUGGUACCUGUAUAAGAUCAUAUAAUUAAAGUAGAAUUCCUCCUGUU